CAAGAUGUCAGUUCAGUCGUCUCCAAGAUGGCCACGUUGGAUCAAUGAAACUCGAGUAAAUUUCGUAGUAAAAUAUCCGAAAAAUCAAGUACUGUACAGGUGUGUCUCGAUGUGUCGGUUGGUUUAUUGUUUGUAAAUGGAAGAUGGGAAAGGAUCAGGAGCUGCUGGAGGCAGCGAGAAGUGGAAAUGUCACUGUUGUGGAGAAAAUACUUGGACAACGAGCGAAAAGGAGUGGUCCAUUGGCAAGUUUACGACGUGGACCAGGAGCUAACGUGCAGGAUGCUAGCGGUUACUCAGCACUACAUCAUGCUGCAUUGAACGGUCACAAGGACGUUGUGAAGACACUUCUUCAAUACGAGGCUUCGACGAAUGUCGUCGAUGCAAAGGGCUCAUCACCACUUCACUUGGCCGCAUGGGCAGGGGACGCAGAUAUCGUUCGAUUAAUUCUGAGUCAAGGGCCAUCUGUACCAAACGUUAAUCUCGCAACAAAAGACAAUGAAACGGCUCUCCAUUGUGCCGCACAGUAUGGCCACACGGAAGUCGUGUCACAGCUGCUGCAAUACGGAUGUGAUCCCAGUAUCCGUAACAGCCGAGGCGAGUCUGCACUCGAUCUCGCCGCUCAAUAUGGCAGGUUGGAGACUGUGCAACUGUUGGUGAGAACUCAUCCUGAGUUGAUUGAACCGCUGAGAUGUUCUUCCUCAUCCCUGAUCUUCCCCCACACCCCACUGCACUUGGCAUCGCGAAAUGGCCACAGAGCUGUGGUUGAGGUAUUAUUGGCUUCUGGGGUGGACGUCAACACGCGAACCUCAGCGGGUACAGCGAUGCAUGAAGCCGCCCUCUGCGGUAAAAUGGAAGUUGUGAGGGCACUUUUGGAUCGUGGAGUAGACCUUGGCAUUCGUGAUUCGCGGCAUAACACAGUUUUGGAUUUACUAGGACAAUUUCCACCUCAUGUUACGCACGAUAUCACUGCAGUGAUAAAACGUCAUCGAUCGUCUUCCGGAGUGGAGAGCGAUGCAGAUAGUGAGAAUCUCCCACCGAUACCAGUCCAGGGCAAUGACUCGCUGGGUAGCCCCUAUGAGAAUGUUCGUCCCGGCGAUGAUUUAUCCCCCGGGGAAGGAUCGUCGCCCACACAAUGGCAAUUUUACCACAAACCUCGGGACGAGGAUCGUCGAGUUUCCGGUACAUCUGUCAUGUCUUUGCAUUUCAGUGAUGAUCAACUGGAAGCCAAAGGAAUUGGGCUGAUGAAUGACGACUACUCUGAUCCAAGUUCGCUGUUUGAUAGUGUACUAUUGUCAAUGUCUGAUACAAUGACCUCACUUAAUACAUUCACAAGCUCCGAUCGCACACCCGAUGAAAGAGAGUUUAACACAUCUACUCACACAACACCAGUAUCACCUGGUGACACACUACGGGGUUCCGACAGCGGUCUGUAUCAAACACCACCGGCACCUCGUUGCGCAGAGGGUCAUGCCUCGGAGGAUUUGUCCUUGACAUUGACCCAGGGACUGAGUGCUAGGGAAUCAGACCAAUUGAGCAUCUCCUCCUCAUCGAGCAUCGGUGGACAAUGUCGAAGAGACAGACGAUGUUUGCCGAGUGAUUCAUGCACCCCGGGAAUAUAUUUGCCGAUGGCACCUUUGUCGAGCUCUCUUCAUAGUCCGGCUUCUAAUAGCAAAGUCUCUCCAACUCCACCAAAAAAGCCACCUCGAAGGAAUCUAUCAGUAUCACCAACACACCUCCAGACCCAGAUGUCAUUGUCCGCUGAUUGCUCAUUGGGUCCAAGUAACUACGAAUAUUUAUUCUUGGCAAGAAGUGGAGCCAGAAGUCACAUAGAUCUGGAGACCCUGCAAUCCCGUAGGGACCAUUUGCGUCACGUAACAAGAAGUGUCGAUCAAUACGUGGACAUGAAAGCUCGUCACAGUGAGGGUAGCAAACGUGCCGAGGUUGAGCCAGUAGCAGUGACAGCAGUCUACGGUGAUAGGCUCAUCAAACUACAAAAUCCACGACGAAAACUCCGCCGACAUGCUGAACGAGCUUAUGAGAAUUAUGACUUCGAGAGCAGUCCAGGUGUUGAUGUAUCUCCAUGCAGUGAGAGUGCAGUUUCUCAUGACCAGAUAUUCGUGUCAAAUGCAUUUUUGACACUAAAAUCAUCGCAGGAGAGUUUGUUGGAUGAUAAACGCGAUGGUGAUGCUCAAAUGCUCACUGAAGCCACUGACAAACGAUUGAAACGCGUUCAGAUGCUAAUUCCAACAAGUCCAACUCACUAUAUUCAACCCCCAACCCCGGAUCAUCCACCUCCGUCCGCAUUGCAGGCUGAGAAAUCAAUUCACGAAAGAAUUCGUCCAUUGAGUCAAGUAUAUAAGCGCCGGUCUCGUGAUAUGGAGACAGAAAUCGAGGAGGACCUCCUUCAGUUCCAACCUGGUGGUUCUCUCGAUGCAUCGAGCGGUUCACUCUCCAGUGUAUCAUUGUCAGACAAGAGUAUGUCCACUGAUAACGUCGAGGAGUACUUCGGCGAUGUGCCAUUCGCAGGUUUGUUAAAAGGCUCGGUCACGGCCGAGCGACCUCGCACACUACGUCGUCUACGAAACGUUUACGGUCAGAUCGCUUGCGGAAUGGGCACCGGUGCAGACAGCACUGCUGAACGUCUCGAUGAUGGUAAUGUCGAUGCAUCAAUAAAGCACAUUGAUCGUGAGCGUGAUGAAAAAUCCCUGAGCAUAAUGAGUCCAUUCGACGAGCAGGAGGAAUGGGCGAAAAUUUCGGAAAUUAUGGCCUCGUUUGGCACAGGACUCGUUCGAGAAUCAGUUUUCGUCAGUGAACUUGAACAGGAAUUUCAAUCACGACUCGGAUUUAGCUCAGACACGAGUUGUAGUCCGGUCGUAGCGACAGGUGUUGGCCAAUGGCUGUCGAGUCUCGGUUUUGCUGAUUACGAAUCGCUAUUCGUAAAUUACGGCUUCGACGACAUCGAAUUUAUCAACGGAAUUUUGGAUGAGCCGGACCUAAAGGAAUUGGGCAUAACCAGCGACAAGGAUCGGGCUGUGAUAAUGAAUGCGUCGAUUCAUCUCCCAAAUCGGAUAGAACAGCGAACUUCAACUCCACGGACCGUUGAAGAUUGGCUGAAAACAAUACACCUCGAAAACUACAUAGAGACCUUCCGGAAGCACCUUUACACUGACAUGGAGCGAGUUCGUCGUGUCUGGGAGGUAGAACUAACAACAGUCCUCGAGAUGCAGAAACCAGGUCACAGAAAACGCAUCUUAGCCUCUGUGACAGGUCCAAGUCCCCGAAGCCAGACGCGCAACGGUACCGGUCCGAAUCUCGAGGAUCUCAACAAGGAUCUGAAUACCUUGAAGAGUAAUAUUCAGCAGUUGAAGGAGGAAAUUAGGGAAAAAUUACCAGAAAGUCCGCAGGAUAAUGGGAAUGUGAGUCAGACAAUUGCUACGGGAACGAAUGCAACCACUUCGGGUACGUUGAGACACAGGAAAAAUAGACCAGCGCCUCAACCACCUCAACGUCCUUCUUCACAUAAUGGUAAUGUGGCUCCUGAACAGUUGGAGAUUCGCGCACCCUCGGAGCUGCUUUUUGGUGUACCAACGACGCUUAAGACGCAGUGGCGACAUCAACCCAAGGCUCUAGUCACUGGCAAUGUGCAGUAUGUUGCCAAUUACUUGGGUUCCACUGUUGUGAAAGAACUACGCGGCACAGAGUCCACCAAAAAAUCUAUUCAGAAACUGAAGAAAACUUGUCGAGAUCCACGAGUCAGCUUAGGGAUCACUCUAGCUAUUUCUUACAGGGGCGUUCGGUUCUUGGACUCUGUCACAAAUGAACCAAUCUGUGACCACGAAAUUCGGAACAUCCACUGCGCUUGUCAAGAUGCAGAUGAUCUUACUCACUUUGCCUACAUCACGAAGGACCAUGCGAGUCGUACCCACUUCUGUCACGUCUUUUGUGUGCCAACAAUGGACCAAGCGACCGAGGUAAUUCUAACUCUAGGCCAAGCCUUCGAGGUGGCCUAUCAAAUGGCCUUGAGGGACAAAUUGGGAAGCCAGACGAUGAGAUCUCAGUCAGCAAAUCAAUUGGCAUCUGUCACCACCAGCACAACGAUGGCUGUGAAAGCUCCACCAUCAGAGUCAAUCCAUGAAAAUCCUCCAAAUUCAAAUCCAAUCACCACAAAAGAUUCAAAAAAUUCAAAAUGUGGAAAUAACACCCAAAAUACAAUCACAAAUACUCUAAAAUCCAAAUCAAAGCAAAAACAGUUGGAAAAAUCAACAAAUUCAAAUAACAUCUCUCACGUUAAUCCUGGAAACGACGGAAAUUCACACGGGAUAAGCAUCAGUGUUGCCAGUAAUUGCACUACGGGAAAUUCCAAUGCCAGUACGAAACCAUUGGUGACCCAUGGUCGUUCGCACUCUGUGAACGACAUCAAAAUUAAUGGAAAUCAGUUGAAACUGGCACCGACUCCAGUUGAUGACAUUAGUGUGGGUGUUAAGGACAUGAAGGCAGGAUCUCGUGCACCAAUUGCGCUCUCCGAAGAGCUGUAAAUUUCGUUGAGAUGACAUUGAUCAUUGAUCAGCUGAAAUUUGUACCUAAAGAGAAGCAUUACCUACUCGAAGAGCAAUGAUUUUUAAUUUGCUGAGAGUAAUAUUUGGAUUUCAAUGGCCAAGCUGUGAUCAAUUAUUUAUAACCUUGAAAAUUGAAGUCUUCAUGGUCAUAUGCAACGAGUUAUUUCUAGUGUUUUAUUGAGAUGUUAUAAAUAUUUGAGGAGUAAUCUUUCCAUUUACAUGAAUUAGGAUGAAAAUACAUUAGGACCUAACGGGCUUUUAUGGCUCUUUUAUGGAUAUCUUUGCUUUACGUAAUUCCACAUUUCAAGAAUCGAUCAUCUGCGAGUUUUUUUCAGAUAAAUCAACCCGAGGUAAGUGGAAGAUACUUGAGAUUCAUAUCCGCUAAAUUGAUAAUGAUUAUUGUAUACCAAAAUGUGGAAUGCUAUUCCGAUGUAAAAUCACAAUUCUUCGGGACAAACUGGUUGAAUUUUUGCCAAAUACAUUGUUUAACAUUUUUUAAAUAAAUUCAGAUAAAUACGUAAACAUUCCCAGAUAAUUGGACAAUUCAAGAUAUAGAACACGAAUGAAAUUCGCAUCAUGCUCAAUAUUACUCUUUUAAUUACUAGAUUAUAAAUGAAUAAUCCUCAGAUAUUAAUUAAAUAAUUAAUUCAUAAAAAAAACCAAUUCUCAAUCUUUCAAAGCGAAUGUUUUUAAUUCGUAACAAUGAACCUUUUCGAUGAUUUUUACAUAAGAACCAGCCUACUUUUCGAUAUUUAAUCCUCAAAGACUGAGAAUCCUAUUGAACGAAGUCCACGUAAUUUAUGAUAUUCAAUAAUUUAUGAUAUUGAUGAAAAAAAUUGUUUGAACAAUUUUCCUACAUGUUAGGUUGCAUUCAAUUUUGAUAAAUGCCCCCCUAAAUUUAUCGUGGAUGGUAGGUUCGAUGCGAUAUAGUAUUAUCCAAAGAUUAAUGUUCGAAAAUCGAUGAUUAUCGAUAUCAAUGACAAUGUGGAGGCAGUAAUGAAAAUCAUUGAAAAUUAAAAUGCAGCUAGAGUUCACGAUGAGGCUUCAGUAGUGUAUCUCAUGUAAAAAUUUCUUCCAUUUGACCAGCUGAUAAAGUAAAUUUGUAUUCAUAAAGAUAAAUCUAGAUAAACAGCCCUCGAUUUUCAGAAAUAGCGAAUGUGCAUUGAAUAUAAUAGACACUGGAGCAUGAUUACGACUUAUUAUUGUGACCAAAAAAUGAGAUGAGGAGUAUAGGGUACAUUUGAGGGAAAAUCAAGCAAUUUAGAUUGAUGAAUUUAGAAUAUAUAAUUCUAGAAACCAAAGAGGUGUAUUCGAGACAUUUAAUCGAAAUGUUCACGUUAGACGGGUCAGGUACUCAGAACAUAUUGAUUAAGUAAUUAGUAUUGACAUGAAAAAGAAAAAUAAACUGCCAAAUAAUCAAUCACCUACAAUUGUGGAACAUACGCACACAUGUUGCAUUAAUUAAAUACAUCAGAGAUAAUUUUUUUGAGGAUCACUGGGGUUUGAUGAGGUAAUUUAGGAUAAGAUUGUAGCACUUACCAAAACAUUCAUAGAAAUUGUAUACUAGGGAUGAUGGAACGAAUGUAUCAAUAUACUUGACAUAUAUUUCCGAAGAGUAUUUCAAGUCCAAAUUAUUCACAAGCUUCGACUUCGAAUAUGAUUGUGCUGUAGCAUCAGAGUAAUGCGAUAAAAUAAUACGAUUUCAGGAGACCAUUUGCUUUACAUUCGAUUUUGCAAUAUUCUAUUUAAUUUAUAACAGGCCUCGUCUAGAUAAAAUACAUCAUUUCAUCUUAUCUUCAUUCGAUUAACUCGGUAUGAGAUAAUCUGAAUUUUAUUAUCAAAUAAUCUCAUGGGUUAAUGAUAUGGCUUUUGUCUAAACACUUUUAAUUGAAAACAUCUCGUAUUCGCGAAAAUUUGAUGUAAAUAGAAUCCAUUUUUUAAUCUUCGUUUCUUUAUUGUUUUUCUUUUUUAUUAUUUCGCUGUGAGAUAAUCUAAAGAAUCUAAAGAAUUAUCUCGGUGAUGAUUUUCUUCUUCAUUCCUCUCCAGGUUUUCUAGAAAUACUGAUAAACGCACCAGGCGACUCAUAUCCCAAAAAGCUUGCGAGCAAGUUUGUUUCGACUACUUUAAAAAUUUAUACGUAAAAAUUACUUAGAGGUAAUGAAUUGAUUCGCUAUGCGAUAGCUAAAACUUCACCAAAAAGCCGGAGGGAUCAGCUCGUUUACACGAAAUUGCCUAAAAGCCGCCAGAGCCAUUUGCAUUCUUAGUAGACAUCUCCAUUCAUACCCUUGGCCUCCUCGCGGAUCACCGAAUCCUCGUAAAACAUCGUCUUUUGAUGUUCUUGACUCACGAACGUAAAGAAAACGUCAUUAACACCGUCGCAUAUGCUAUUGAAAUGAAAAGUCAAAACCGGGCACUUCAAUUUUCCUCGUAUCAAAAACUCUUUCACCAGCGUUUUCAACCCUUCAACUCACAAGUUUCGAGAUAUUUCUGUGAAUUCACUCAACAUUCAUUCAUCAUUUCAAUUAAUCUUUUAGUGAGAUUCGAAUAUAUCAGAAGUCAAAAGUAAAUGAAUAAGUAAUUUAGGUAUGACCCAAUCAGAAAUAUAUUUAAUCCAUCAAGUGGAUAACUUACUUGAUUAAUUAUUUUUCUCGUCGAACCUUGAGGGUGCAAAUAGUACCGAUAAUUUAAUAUAUACAAUAAAAUAUUGAUAUUUUAUUAAAUAUUUAAUUAUUGCAUGUAUAUAUUAAUGAAAUAUAUAUAUUAAUUAAUUAAUAUUUUAUAUUAUAUUGUAUACAUACAUGUAUGUAUUAUUAUGUUGUUGUAUGUAUUACAUUAUCUAUAUUUUUUUGAUAUUGAAAUAUUUUUAAACUGAAAUCAUGACUUUUGAUUCUGAAUAUGAUUUAAUAAUGAUUGAAUGAAUUAUUGAAUAAAAUUUCCCCGCAGAAAUUUGUGAAUUUGCCAGACAACUUCUAGAACCGACAAGUGGAGACGAAUUCAUGGUAUUCUCAUGUGUACAUGUAAUUGUAAUAAAAAAAUUGGGAACAUGUUAUCGUGUUCAUUGUCAAGGUGAUUGUAAAUUUAAUCGAUGGGAAAUAAAUUUCUAGUUGUCUGGUUAUUUUAAACAAUCGUCGGGUGAAGCGUCAAGAUAUUUUUUUUCAUAUGCUCAAUACUUUAAUCGAAACCUGACAUCUAUCAAUCAUUUUCUCUUCAUCAUACACUUCCCUAAGUGUCCGACUACGUAAGUAUUCUGAGUUUUAACACACGAGGGGAAUCGUCCCCCCACCAUUCCCUUUCCCCUCCGGUCACCGUCUCUGUAGAACGGCUAUCGUUCUCUACUUUUCAAUGGGUCUCCCACCACUACUGUUCAUUGCGCAUCUCUCUCCGAUUUUGGACACUCGCGCAACCCCACUGGCGGAGAGGGGCACCUUCACAACUCCUCUUCCGGAGAAUCCAAACCCCCGACACUGGUGACUUACGCAAGUUCCACUGUAUUUAUUCACGACACCGAAUUCGCCCUCCGUGAGCCCUAUUUGAAUUUAAUGCACCAAAUACGUUUACCAAUGAGGAAAAAACCUUACGCAUGAAUUUAGCGAAUGGCUUACCUAAUCACUUAAUUUAUGUGCUUAUGUUUUAAUAAAUACGAUCACUUUGACAAAAUGAACUGUUUUAUGACGAAAAUUGUGAAAUCCAAUUUUUGUAUCACCACAGAUAUUUCUGCCUUCUGUAAGGGGGUUGUUCCAUAAAUAUACAACACAUGGCUCAACUCUGAAUUCGAUAUUAAAUAAUAUAAAAAUUAGUUAAUUAUAUGGUUUUAGGCCCCACACCCUUAAUUGAAAAAAUUUCGUAUUCACGAGCUGAUUCAAAUGGCUAAAUGCAGUGUAUCAUAAUUCAUGGGUUAUACAUCGAGCUUGCUGUAAAAAUUCAGAAUAAAUCAUUUCCACCCUCAGCGUCAUACGGAGGAAAAGCAAAACUAUUCGUGUAGUCAUGUGUAGAUAAAAAAACUAAAUCGAUGAUUAUUUCUUUCAAUAGUGUUUAUUGUAACGACAGCUCAAGAGGGUGCGGAUGCAGUAUUGUAGUGUGCAUCAGGAAACAGUGAGUGAAACAUUUUCAAGGUUUAUAUACAGGCGCAUGGUACGUGGGGUAGUAUUGGUUACACUAACUCGGUGACUCUUUGAGUGGGUCACACCCCUAUAUUUGCUUCAACUGAAUAGAACGACGGUAUGAUUAAUAAAAAGAUAUUCUCACCACCUUCGUCGCGCAUAACGCGUUAAAAAAUUGUGUAUUGUAGUAGAAAACUUAUUAUUCAUUAAAAAGUUAUUGUAACUGGAGAAAUGCUAAAAUAGGACAAACUUGCCACUUUCUAUUCUCUACUCAGAAAAAAAAAACAAUUUGUGACAAUAUCUGUACUUCUUGAUGUUCUUUGUAUCAUGUAAUUACUGAAAAUUGUUCAUACGUGACAAUUGCAUAAUGUUUAACAUGUGAAUUAUCACAUUUAGUGGUAAACAAAUUGGAAAAUAUACACUAAGAUGGGAUAUCGAUUAUCGAGAUUCGGUUUUAUCAGACUAUACGAAUGAUCAUUCAACGUAAUUAGAAAAUGUGACGGUUGAGGUAUAACUAAUUGUAAGCGUAACAAUUGUUCCCAGAACUUAGCGAUGAAAAAAUACUUCAUGUGAGAGUUAUUCGUCUCGCCGAUGAACGCCGAAUGUGAUAAAUGAUUGGAAAAGAAAAUGUAUGAAGAGAGUUGGAGUUAAUGAAGUGAGAGGGUAAGAAAGAGAGAGGAUUAUGAAAAGAGAAUAUAAUGAGAGCUAUUGACAAAAUGUAGAAGGAUAACGGAGCGAAUUUCUAACGAUAAAAAUCUAGAAAAUAGGAAUGCGUGUACAUAGGGUGGAUUGAACGCAUUGUAAGAUAAGCGUGAAUCCGUUUAAUUCAUGUGCAAUAUGUUGUAAUUAUUCCUUGUGCGGUAUCGCGCGCCGAAUAAGUCGUCGGCUGGGCCCCACCCUCGCUGAAAUCGCUGAAGAUUUUUUUUAUUAUUUCUAUUGUUUUCUGUGUAGUAUCUCUUGCACGAAUACUUGCAAUAUUCAUUAGGAAACUUGUCACUUGAACCACUUAAACUCACUGUCACAAGUGGUGCAAAUUGAACAUAAGGGAUAGGGAGUCCGCCAUUACGUCUCGGCGACGUAAAUGGUGGACUCUGCCGGACGCUCGCGGCACGAUCGUCGACGGAAAGUUUCACAGAAAAAAAAGUAUAUUUUUGUCACUGCUGCUAUGUUCAGUCCGUGUGGAAAAGUGACUUUUCGUUUAUUUGUAAAUGAAAUGUAACAACUUGUAAACGAAAAAUGACACAAUUCGCCAGUCCCUGAACGUAACAUCACUAACAAAAAGUAUGGUUCGGAUACACGUGCGACGGGGUCUUUUAACUCGUGUGAUAGGCGGGCCGAGGCGAUGCCGAGGACUAAUCUGAGGACGAACUCACAGAUAGGUGAAAAAUUAGUUUCCAUGGUAGUUAAUAAAUUGGACUACCCGAAGAGUUUACUAUUUCUACAAUUCCUGUGCAUUUCUUGACCCUUUACCUGCUCACCCCUGGUCAUUCCCCAAUGAAAAAAAGGAGAAAAACGUGAAAAAAUAGAAGUGAUACCAGCAGAAGGUGAGAUAUUCAAAUUGAGCGUAAAAAAUAAAUAAAACUAAACAUUAGUCCUAUCUAGGCUAAACUGUAAGAUACUUUGUUCGUUAUCUUGGACUAUUUUUCUGUCUUCGUCAGGGUGAAUUACUGAUGACUCUGCACUUCGUCUCACGAUUAGCCUUCUCGGGGGCUUAUGUUUAGUUCAAUUUCCUGUCCGUGUGCAGAAACGUUCCGAAUCUCCACUCAGACGGGUAUCUUCCCCCCCCCCCGCCCCACCCCCAUUUCUCAUCCUUUAAAACACAUACAAAACGUCUAUUAUAAUUAGAAUCAUUGACCUUAAAUAUUCAUCCAGUUGGUAAAAAUUAAAUAUUUCUAACGAUCAGUUCGGAGCCAAGAGCCGUAAACAGGGGGAUAAAAGUGAGGGUAAGUCCCAGAAAAUUAAAAAAAAAGCGAAAUAGUUAUGCAAUGCCCCCAUUCGCAAAUCAACAUCGUCAUCGAUUUCUCAGUGACUGGGAUUCAGCUGUCGACUGAUUUUGCAUAGAAACCCCUAUAUUUAUUGAAUUGAAGCUAAUGGACGACUCGGCGAGGAGCACAGUGUUGCAUAGUGGUAACAAUAUAUGGAAUAUUCCAUCGGUAACUGAUCAUCUCGGAAAUAGUGAGAUUAAUAACUAGAUCCGAUAAUGAUAAUUCUGAAAUUAUUAUUUACCACUUUUGAAUAUAGUGCUCUCUCGAUUGGAGUUCGGAUGAGUGUGCAGACACAGGGAGAAUGAUAAUAUUCAAACAAAUAACUGGUGAAAAUUAAAUGCAUUGGAAUGGAGGUAUACAAUUUGCUUAUGAUUAUUUGAUCGACAUGUAUGACAUAACGUGUCUUGAUCGGUGCAGUUAUGAUUAAACUAAUGUGAUAUUCAGUUUGUUCCAUUGUUUAUUACUCACUCGCUGAAAACUAUGCGAACAUGAUAUUUGUAUAAUUUAUUUCCUGAUUCAUUGAACUCGUAUAAUCAGCUUUGCUUCAUUAUUCGUCGAUUGGUAUUAUCAUCAAAAUAAUUAUUAGGAUUUAAUUGAGUAUUUUCGAUGAGAAAUUUGCUGAGGCACAUAAAUUACGAACCUCAAAAUUUAUAGACGUAAUUAGUGUAAUUAUUAGUGGCGUAGUAGUAAUAUUGAUGAUGAUGAUGGUUGGGGGUAAUCAAACGAGAGGAAAUUUAAUGGUUAUUGGAUGAAAGAUAUGAUAUUCCGUUCAGAAGCUUUUACCGUCGACGAAUGCCAUAUAGACGCACUAUUUUAAAAGAAAAAAAAAUUAAAAGUCGCAGCCUGGUUAUACGCAGACUUCCUACGUUCUUGUAUACACUAUAUUUAUUAUUGUUCAUGUUUAUUAGAAUUAUAUGAAUAUAUGAAAAAAAAUAUAUAUAUAAGAUACAACAA